AUGGCGGGUUCCACCCUGACUCCCAAGGAUAGAGAUUCAUCUUUGGGCAAUAGAUAUUGUCUCCCCCCGAGGGAAUUGGAAAUAGUUCGCAGACAGCCCAAUCAAUUUAUGCUAUUUUCUCCAUGCGAACAUAAAGCAGUAACUAUGUGUAAGCAACAUGUAACUACUUUGUCCGAAUUAUCUAAGCCAUAUGAAAAGCUGGCCGGGCUUCAGAUUGAUGGGGACAGUAAUAUAAUACCUCACAUGACGUAUUAUACAAAUAUAGCUAUCAAAAUAUUUACAGAACCAAUUAAAAGUAUUUCAAAGGAGGUAACCAACCUUCCAAAUGGUGCAAAAGUUAGAUUUGUGAAGUGA